GAGAAGCAGGCGGACGAGUUGCAACAGAUGGCUUCAGCCGCGGCGGCUGCUGCACAGAGGAACUCUGGGACUCCGUUAGACUGAGAGGAAGAAGAGGAGCGGGAGGAAGUCAUAGCUGACACUUCUGCAGACAAAAAACAUGCCAGUGCGAGCACAAGUUUGGAUUUGCUGAAAGGAGCGAAGAGUUGCAUGGUGGAGAGAGUCUGAUCUGCGCCUUCAUCUUCCUUCUCCUGCUCCGGGUGUCUGAGAGGAGAACACCUGCUGACAGCAGGAGGACCUGAAGGAGGCGACGCAGCCGCAGCAGGAGCACUGACCAUAACGGGGGACACCACACACACUUUCCAGGUCCCUUUCGAGGUGAACACUGUGAAACGCUGGUUCUGCACAAGGUUUUGUUGUAUGAAGCCCACUCUGAUACCUUGGAGCUCCACAGUUGAUUCAGUUCCCUCGUAAAGAACAAAAGAGGCCACUGUGACCCAGACAGAGAUGGAGAAAUAAUCCUGCAGUUAACGUUCAGAAGUUAAGACUUUUCAGGGGAAGCAGCUGAUUGGUCGACCGUUUGGGGAGGCCGAGGGUCAAAGGUCAUGGCAGGCCGACUUCUCCUUUUCCUGUUGGUCGCUGUGACGUUAGGCCACGCCCAGUUCCCAUCCGGACAGCGACUGAAGCCCCGCCUCCAGAGAGACAGACGCAACAUCCGGCCGAACAUCAUCCUGAUCCUGACGGACGAUCAGGACCUGGAGCUGGGUUCCAUGCACGCGAUGAACAAGACUCGUCGCAUCAUGGAGGAGGGCGGGACAUUUUUCUCCAACGCCUUUGUGACCACGCCCAUGUGCUGUCCAUCGCGUUCAAGCAUGCUCACUGGGAAGUAUGUGCACAACCACAACACCUACACCAACAAUGAGAACUGCUCUUCGUUGUCAUGGCAACGUCAGCAUGAGCCCCGGACCUUUGGCGUCUACCUCAACAGCACUGGAUACAGGACAGCUUUCUUCGGGAAGUACCUGAACGAGUACAACGGCUCAUACGUCCCAGCCGGCUGGAGGGAGUGGGUGGGUCUGGUGAAGAACAGCCGCUUCUACAACUACACUCUGAGCCGCAACGGCGUGCGAGAGAAGCACGGAGCACAGUAUCCACAGGACUACUUGACUGACCUGAUCACUGCCGAGUCCAUCCACUUCUUUCGCACCUCAAAGCGAGUUUAUCCUCAUCGACCGGUUCUGAUGGUUCUGAGCCACGCAGCGCCACACGGACCUGAAGACUCAGCGCCGCAGUACAGCACCGCCUUCCCCAAUGCAUCGCAGCACAUAACUCCCAGUUACAACUACGCUCCGAACCCAGACAAGCACUGGAUCAUGCGUUACACAGGCCCCAUGAAGCCCAUCCACAUGGAGUUCACCAACAUGCUGCAGAGGAAGCGACUGCAAACCCUUCUGUCUGUGGACGACAGCAUGGAGAAGCUGUAUAACAUGCUGGUGGAGACGGGCGAGUUGGAAAACACCUACAUCAUCUACACAUCGGAUCAUGGAUACCAUAUUGGACAGUUUGGUCUCGUUAAAGGUAAAUCCAUGCCGUAUGAGUUUGACAUCAGGGUGCCAUUUUACAUCAGAGGACCAAACGUGGAGCAAGGCAGCAUAAACCCUCACAUGGUCCUGAACAUUGAUCUGGCUCCCACCAUCCUGGACAUCGCCGGCCUCGACACGCCUCCUGAUAUGGACGGAAAGUCGAUUAUGACCCUGCUUGAGACUGACAAACCUGUCAACAGGUUUCAGGUGAACAGGAAGCCGAAGGUGUGGAGAGACUCGUUUCUGGUGGAGAGAGGGAAGCUGCUCCAUCAGCGUGUGGAGGGAAAGGAAGUGUCGCAAGAGGAGAACUUCCUGCCCAAACACCAACGAGUGAAGGACCUCUGUCAGAGAGCCGAGUACCAGACGCCCUGCCAGCAGACCGGACAGAAGUGGCAGUGUGUGGAGGACGCCACGGGGAAGCUGCGACUCUUCAAAUGUAAGAACGAAGGGGGAGGAGCUAAGAGUUUCCAAAGGGGCGUGGCUAACCGUCAGCGCCCACUCAGCAUUAAGUCCCAGCUGUACAUUCCUGACUCGGAAGAAUGUGACUGCGACUUCCAAGACCUCAGACCUCUCAACCUGCGACCCUUCAUGAUGAGGCCGUUCAACAAGAAGUCUUUUUUCUCCAAGAAGAAGAUGAAAACUCUGAAGAGUUAUUCAAAGAACCGUUACAGCCGCUCCCUGUUCAUGAUGAAUGAUUACCCCGGUAACCACAGCACGGUGGCUGGUCAGUCAAAAAGAGAUGGCCCUGAGGAUGAGUUCAGUGGAAUGGGAGGAGUCCCCAACGCAGCCGUUCCAUCCAACUCCAUUAAAGUAACUCACAGAUGCUCCAUUCUCUCCAACGCCACUGUGAAGUGCGACACAAGAGUUUAUCAGUCUCUGCAGGCCUGGAAGGACCACAAGCUGCACAUCGACCACGAGAUUGAGACCCUGCAGACCAAGAUAAAGAACCUGAGAGAGGUCAGAGGUCACCUAAAGAAGGCCCGCCCCCUCAAGUGUGACUGCAACAAAUAUCUGUACAAAUCCAAGCUGAAGAACAAAUUCAGGUACAGAGGAGGAGGUCUUCAUCCCUUUAGGAAGGGUGGGGCUCGAGACAAGAAGGCGUGGCUACAGAAGGAGCAGAAGAGGAGAAAGAAGAUGAGGAAGAUGAUCAAGAGGAUCAAAAACAACGACACAUGUUCAAUGCCUGGACUCACCUGCUUUACGCAUGACAACCAGCACUGGCACACGGCACCCUUCUGGACAUUGGGCUCGUUCUGCGCCUGCACCAGCGCCAACAACAACACAUAUUGGUGUCUGAGGACCAUCAAUGAGACCCACAACUUUCUGUUCUGUGAGUUUGCCACCGGGUUCCUGGAAUACUUCGACCUCAGCACAGAUCCGUACCAGCUGAUAAACGCCGUCAGCUCGUUAGAUCGGACCGUUCUCAAUCAGCUCCAUGUCCAGCUGAUGGAGCUCCGAGGGUGCAGAGGACACAAGCAGUGCAAUCCACGCACACGCUCCGUGGAGAUGGCAGGAGGGCGCUCACAUGGCAGCUUUGAUGACUACAGGCUGUUUGAGAGGAGGAAGUGGCCGAGAGUCAAGAAACCCUCAUCAUCUCGAACCCUAGGUCCAAUUUGGGACGGCUGGAAGGGCUAAGCCUCCUGAUUGGCUGAAGCUGGGUCCUGACACUGCCUAUAGCACCCUGAAAGAGGGAAGCGUGGUUGCCGAGGUGACAGCAUCAACCUUCCAUCACGCCUCCACCUCUCCUGUCGGCCAAUCAGCUUCUGUGACAUCACUCAGCCCUCCCUCCCUGCUGCUCAGGGAGACGCUGGGACGAAACAGUGGACGCACAUCUUCUCAUCCUCUCUCCUCUUCCUGCAGUUGCUCUGAGGAUGGAGGCUCAGGGUGGAGCAGCCAGAGGGGGAAAGAGGAUGAGGAAUGAGAGUAUGAAGAGCAGGAGGAAGAGGAGGAGGCAGAGAAAUGGCUUUUGUAAAUUUCCAGCUGGUUAGAUUUUUUCUGCCCUGAGCUUUGCCUUCCAGGUGCAGCUACACUCAAAAUCUGCUCUUAGGAAUGUGUUUCUGCCUUGAAACGACUUGUUUCAGGAAGAAAUCAGGACUGUAGAAAAGUUUUUUUUUCUCUCUUUUUUUAUAUAACUAAAUCAGAUCUGAUGGAUAGUUUUUUGUCAUUAAUCGAAAGAAGAUUCAUGAAGAUAUUUUGGAAGCAGCUUCUAUUAUUGGAAUAUUUCCUUGUUAUUAUCAUUUAUUCAAUUUAAUGAUUUAACAAUAAAGCAGGUGGAAACUAUCUUUUAAUAACAAGAAGCUUAAUGAUAAAAUCAUUAUUUCCAUUUAAAACUCAAUUAUCUCGUUUUCUGUGAUCACAAGAAAUCAAAUAUAGUUUAAAGUUUUCUAGUAUUUAUAAAAUAUUCUUGACAAAUGUUUGACGCGAUUUCUUGUAAAAGCAGAAAAAAAUCCAGUUUGAUUUUAGGAUCUUUUUUAUGUUUUUUUUUUCCAGUGAAUCACAAUCAGAGCUGAUUGUGAAAACUCCACCAGCUGACAUGCACUAUCAAGUAUUUUCACAUUAUUUUACAUCUUGUUUAAAAAGCUGAGUAUUUAAAUGAUAAUAAAGUUGUUUUGAUCAGCUGCGUUGCAUUAGUUUACCAGCAGGUGGCGCCAUUUCUUUAAUAUGAAUUGCAGAAGAUAAAGAUGAUGUGGUUAAAAAAAGCUGCAGGCAAAAAGCAGAAGUAAAAACAACGGGAGGAUUUUUAAUGACAAAUAAAACAGCUGUGUGUUUGGCUGAGCCUGGUUUACGGCUGUUCAUCCACUGAGUAAUCAUGUGACUUCUGUAAGGCGUUUAUGAUUGGCUAAAAGUUGGCUUAGCCAGUUACCAUGACAUCCAUGUGAUUUACGAUAUUACAGUUUUUUUUUUUUUUUUGUUUGUUUGUUUUUGUUUUUUUUUAUCAGCCGGAUGGAAGCACAGUUACUGUGAAUUUUAGACGAAUUUAUAGAACAAAGCCUUCCUCUUCUUUUUCCUCCUCCUCCUCCUCAUGUGACUUCCUAGCAGCCAGUUUAUGUCGUGUUUGUAUUUAGUCUUUCUAACCGCCUCUACAGACGUUUAAGGACCCCUUCAACUAAACCCAGACUGAGAGGCUUCGAACACUCUGACGUCACUGCUGGUGUGGUGAUGUCAUUGGUUUUUUCCUCUAACUUGAGUGUUGGUUGCCAUAGUGACCGACAGCUUUACUGACAGAGCUACAGUUGUACUAACCUGGCGACUGGCAAGUACCCAUGAUGCAACGCAGCAGCCCUGAAGAGGAUGACAGCUUUGGAAUAGAAAUCAAAUCUCUUGAGCCAAUCAGAAGUGGACUAAACAAUGACAUCAGAACUUUCUGUUUUGUGAUUAUUAAAAAAAAAAAAAAAAAAAAAAAAGAUUAUCCAAGAGCAGUUUCUGUGUUUUUGGUUUUUCUUUUCUUCCUUAGUUUGUCCUCGGUGUGUUUUUCUUUCACAGAAAUCAAACCACAGAUGAUAAAUUAUUAAAAUGAGAUUAAAUGACUGGAUUCACACAGGAAGGAACGAGUUUAGAAGAUUUCAUCCUCACAUGAAGAUGCUGUGGUGAAAAUGUCUGUUUCUAAAUGUAUUCUGGUUAAGUUUAAUAUGAACAUGAAUGCAGAUGCAGGACACAUUCACAACUAGAAUAGUAUGGGGGAAAAACAUUUCACACCUUAUGCACUUUAGUUAAAACAACUACUUGCAAAUAACCACGGACCAAGAAGAGAGAAGAACGGAACCACGGCUGCCCUGCAGCGUAGCUUCAUUUCUGUCUACAACAGGAACUUUUGCUGGUUAAAAAUAAAGGAAUGGAGCCUUAUAGAGCUGGGUUCUUUAACUCUGGUCCUCAGGUUAGAGAUGUGUCUUUGCUUUAGACUAAUGGGUCAGUAAUGGGCUUGGUCAGGACUUGAGGAAAUUAAUUUAAUUUGAAUCAGCUUUAGGAAACGGGAACUUCGAGAAGCUAAGGAAGACUGAUUAUAGAGUCGACCCUUUUAUUCCAACAUGAUUCACUGGAUGAGUGACUACAUCACAGCACAGUUACCAGAUUUUUACUGUGAGCAUUGAGUUCAUCACAGCCUGAUCCCAGUUUGAUGGUGACUGAAGUUGAUAUUGGAUGUUAAACGUUUUAGAUGGGUUCCUUUGUAUUUGUGUGAAAUGUGAAAUCUCAGAGGAGGAAACCUGAUUCUGACACUGACAGACUCGAUGUGUUGCAGCCAUGUUGAUCUAAAACAGUUACAGCUCCAAAAACUUAAGAAUGUGUUUUUCUGACGUGUUUCUCUGCAGGCACAACAUGCAGCUCACUAUGUGAUGACGUUGAUGCUAAAUGACAAUGGAGACGUUUAACUCGGUGUUGAUGAGAAGCUCCAGAAGUGGAGGUGGUUGCAAUUACUGGGUGGCUGAGUAAACCUUGUUCUGGGUGUGCUCUACACUUGCUAGACAAACGUACCGUUAACCCUUUAGGGCCGAUCCUUUCUGCUUUAGUUUGCAGCCUCAUGCGGCUGAUCUGAGACCAGGAGAAGGUUAUGGAGGGUGAGGUUCCUCCUUCCUGUGUGAAUGCAGCCUGUCUGCUGUCUGUACAGGUUCUUCUUCAUCACUGUAUUUGCUCUGCGUUGCUAUUUGCUGUCUAACAACCCUGCUUCUGUUUGAAUGUAUUUGUAAAUGUGUUUUCUCUAAGAGCCAAACCAAAGUGGUUCUGCUGAGACCGGACAGAGCACACACACACACACACACAGAGAGAGAAGGAUGGACUGCAGAGCACUUUGAUUGGAUGAUGGAGGUAUAAAUGGACUAAUGGGUUAAUGAUGAGUUAAUACUGAUCUAACAAACAUGUACAGUCACCUACUGACCCGUGGAUAUACUGAUUGAUUUUAGUAUGUGAAUAAAGUGUUGAAAUCCAAAAUGUA